AGUGCUGACAAGAUGGCGGAGGGCAGGAGAGCAGAGUGAGGAGGACAACACAAUAAUAUAUCGUAACUGUUCUAACGCUGAUUAUCAUUUUAAGCGCUACUGUAGGGUGGGUUUCGAAACACGGGCGCCACCUUUUUGGACAAGCAGUGGUGGGAUGGUAGCGGAGCACAUGCACCCUUGUUUGUGUGUUACGGUGGGAGAUCUGUCCACGGAAGACGAAUUGCACACCAAAGCAAAAAGCCUGCGCUCCCUUUCGUGAAAAAAAUAAAAUGCCGAGGCACAGCACGUCACUGGCGCGUAUAUUUUAAAAAAACUGUCUCGGACUGUGAUCCGUAUGCGUUGAUUUUUAUUUUUUUAUUUUUGUAGUUCAUGUUCUGGAGGUAAAUAGUUUGGUUUUCAUCCAAACAAAAAAAAAAGGGAAGGACCCUUCGGAAAGCUGGGUAAACCUGAUCCGGGCUGCCAGAAGUCAGUCUGUGAUUUUUUUUUUAAUUUAUUAUUUUCUGUGGAUAAAUUCUCGUAUCUACAGGACAUAACCUACAAAUCCAAGAGGACAGGAAUAUACAAAUUCGCAUUUGCUGGGAUCCGAGUUAGGAGAUCGUGUUGUUGUUUCUUGACAAGUUCUCGGGCUCAAACUGCUGUACGCCAUGGCUCACUCCCCGGUGCAGACUGGCCUGCCUGGGAUGCAGAGUUUAAAAGCUGACCCCGAGGAACUGUUUACCAAACUGGAGAAGAUUGGCAAAGGCUCUUUUGGAGAAGUGUUUAAAGGCAUUGACAAUCGGACUCAGAAAGUUGUGGCUAUAAAAAUAAUUGACCUGGAGGAAGCGGAGGAUGAAAUAGAAGACAUUCAGCAGGAAAUCACUGUACUGAGCCAGUGCGACAGCCCCUAUGUAACCAAGUACUACGGAUCUUAUCUCAAGGAUACGAAAUUAUGGAUAAUUAUGGAAUAUUUAGGUGGUGGAUCUGCUCUGGAUUUGUUGGAGCCGGGGCCUUUGGACGAAACCCAGAUUGCGACAAUUCUUCGAGAAAUAUUGAAAGGACUCGAAUAUCUGCAUUCAGAAAAGAAAAUCCACAGAGAUAUAAAGGCCGCCAAUGUCUUGCUGUCAGAGCAAGGUGAUGUCAAACUUGCAGACUUUGGCGUUGCGGGCCAGCUCACAGACACGCAGAUAAAGAGAAACACCUUUGUAGGAACACCUUUCUGGAUGGCCCCAGAAGUAAUAAAGCAGUCUGCUUAUGACUCAAAGGCAGAUAUCUGGUCGUUAGGAAUAACAGCAAUAGAACUGGCUAAGGGGGAACCCCCUCAUUCCGAGCUGCACCCCAUGAAGGUCCUGUUCCUCAUUCCAAAGAACAACCCACCCACACUGGAAGGAAACUACAGCAAACCUCUUAAAGAAUUUGUAGAAGCCUGCUUAAACAAAGAACCCAGUUUCAGACCAACAGCUAAGGAGCUGUUGAAGCACAAGUUCAUCGUCCGGCAUGCCAAGAAGACGUCGUACUUGACAGAGCUGAUAGACAGGUACAAGAGGUGGAAAGCAGAACAGUCGCACGAUGAGUCCAGCUCAGAAGAGUCCGAUUCAGAACAAGAUGGGCAGGCAUCCGGUGGAAAUGACCCUGGAGAUUGGAUCUUCAAUACAAUCAAGGAGAAGGAUCCCAAAAAAUUACAGAAUGGAGCCGCCCAACCAGACGAGCUUGAAAGAAACAAGGUACAAGACAUUCCAAAGAGGCCCCUGUCACAGAGUUUGUCAACAAUUAUUUCUCCACUGUUUGCUGAGCUGAAAGAGAAAAAUGAAGCAAGCAGUGGCAAACCACGAGCUCUGGAAGAGUUGAGAGAAGCCAUUUUCUUAGCGGAGGAAGCUUGUCCUGGUAUCUCAGACUCAAUGGUUUCCGAACUAGUGCAGAGACUCCAGAGAUUCUCUUUAGGUGGGGCAUCGUCUUCAUCCCAGUGAAGGUUCCCUCCCGGGUCUCAGCCGGCUGCGAGUUUUGAGGAGGUGCUCUUAUAUUCUGAUAUACCACAUAUGCCACACAGUGAAGAGAGGUAUCUUCCUGCACCUGUGGAGGGGAGGGGAAAAGACGGAGGUGGGGGAGGAGUGGGACAUUUCCCCAGAGAUCAACAGCCAAGAUGAAGUCUCUCAGAAGGUCCAUCAUUCUUCAACUGCUUAAAGCAAAAGAUUCUUAAGUUUUUGUUUUUAUUUUUAACUAUUUGUCACAGGGCACAUAUUACAGAGAGAGAAGUAUGGUUUUAUUAGGAGGACGAUGAAAGUCUUAUGGGUGAGUGAGAGAGUGUGUUGGAUGCCAUCCCCUUUUGACAAAAAGCAACUUCAUGUCCGUCUUUGCCGGUACUCAGGUGUUACUGCUGACUUUUGGGGCAGCUCUACAAGAAAACUUGCAUUUAAUUAGGUCUGAGGAAAGAAGGGUGAUUUAUGAUUUUUGAGAGUACUAAAAAACCCCAGAAUUCUAAUACUUUAAUUUAUGGUGCAUUUAGUUUUUUGGUUUUUGAUAUGCAUCCAGAAAAGAACUUUUUGAAGUUGCAGACCAGCUACUAUAAAGGGGAAACCAGAAGAUGUUCAUAAGAGUCUAGUACUUCCUAGAGUCUGUGUGCAUUUCUGUUGAAGGCCUGAAAAUGUGUUUUGGGGAACUGUGCUAAAGGAGAUUGAACAAUUUUUGUGAAACCUCAGGUAUCCUGCUUUAAGAAGAUGAGUCCUCUGGGAGAUGGAAUAUGUUGUUGGGUGGAUGUACAAAUUUGUAUAUAGGGUCCUUUUUACCAAUAUUGAAAAAAAUAAAAAGUGUGUGUUAAGAAAUCACUGUGUAUAAAAUGGCCAAGUGCUUCUGUAGAUACUGUUAGUAAAGGUAAAUAUUUAAAAAAGAAAAAAAAUCACACAAAUGGCCAUAACUGAGCAUUGCCUUGCCUUUAUUACAUGUACAUUUUGGAUAUUUGGAUUUUUUUCUUAUUUUAACUAUUAUUUGUAAGGUUUUAUCAUAAAUGGAAAAUUGAUACCCCCCUUUUCCAACCAUUAUUUUAUUAAAACAGGUACCUCAGUUAUCUUGACUGGAACUCUGGAUAUCUGAAUCCAUGAUGUAGCUGUUACUGAGUACAGUGGAGUGCCCAUUUUUCUUAAUUAUCAAUGCAGUCUGCGAUAAUUCCUGAUCCUGGAUGUAUUAUUGUUAGCAGAUGUGACAGGAUUUGUAAAUGAUUUGCCACUUAAAAGUUAUGGGAGAGAAAAAUCAACACUUUUAUAUUCUUCAUUUGGUACCACCGAAGCAUAACGUUUUGAGGCAAGAUACUUCCUGAAUAAGAAAUUCUAUUCUUAAAAUCUGCAACCAGUCUUUUAUUAUUAAAACUUCCUCUACACUCA